AUGAAGAUAUUUUAUCAUCUCCUCCAUUUUCUGUGUUAUGUGACCUUCAUCCUACCAGCCACAUGUACCUUGGUGGAUCCUGAUCGGUGCACAAAAUAUUUCGGUUACUGUAGAAGACGCUGCUUUAAAUAUGAAAAGCAAAUUGAUAUAUGUCUCUCACCAAGUAAAAUUUGCUGCAUUGAGAGGUUAUUUGAAGAAGAUUAA